CCUGAAGGAAACUCCGAGCUCAGCGCAGCAGGGAGCGGGGGAGGAAAGAUGACAACUUCCCCUCCCUGAAGACUCAGAGCCUACAGCUGGAUGCAGGAGUGGGAGUGAGGCUUAUCAUAUAACUUUACAGCCAAUUUCAAUGGAGAGUUUGGCAAGCCGCUACCUGCUCGCGGGGUUGGAAGGCAUAACUUCCCGUCCUCCCUGUCAGCCCUCCAUGAUUAUCUCCCCACCCUGCCUGUCACACCUACUUCAUGAUGCACAGUUCAUUGCGACGCUCCUCUUCCAUCCAGUGACAGUCUGAUAAAUCUCUCGCAGAGGGUGGAAAUGACUAUUUGAUUUUAAUGCACAAAAUAAAAAAAAAAUAACUAGCAAAACGCGCAAGAGGUGCUACAUUUAUUGGGGGCGGGUGCAUUGUUCUUUCUCGGGUGGAGUGUUGCUGCCUGAGUCAAAGGUGGUGCUUUGAUUCUUCCUGCUGACAAGAAGACAAGAAGCGGCGUGACCUUUUAACCUGUCGGCCCGUUCACACAGAAGAGCAGAAUGGGAGGCUGGUUUCCUCGUCGCACAUUCGAAAAAGCAAAAUGGAAUUACCCCAAAUCAAGGUCUUUGGUGUAGUAUUCCUGCUCACCCUCCAGCUCGUCGUGUGCAUGCUGGCAGUCACCAACAAAAGGCGUGACGUAGGCGGCAAUCGGAUACUCUGUGGGGCUGGGACACUUCGCUGGAGUGUACUGGGCAGGACUGAUGAGCGGCGGCGUGGUGUUGGCUCUCCUGUCUUAUUGUCUGCUGGCGCCCAGAGAUGAGCCCAUGAGUGAACAAGCACAGGUCCUGUUCUGCUGUGGCUUGACAACGGAAAAUGAAAUUUGCCAGCCCCUCCUCGAGGAUGUCAAAGAUAGAUGGUCAAGGAGAAGCUCAUACAUGUCUGUUUGACACACUGAGCACAUUCGACGCAGAGAUGACAGAAAUAAAAAGCUGGGCGUUUUGGCGGGCAGUGGCCGCAGAGUUUGCCGGCAUGUUGCUGUUCAUAUUCGCGGGUCUAACCGCCAUCAUCGGGAGCAGCGAGGACGGCGUUGCUCAGGAGCUGAAGGUCUCGCUGGCCUUCGCGCUGGCCAUCGCCACACUGGUUCAGAGUUUGGGGCACGUCAGCGGGGCACACUUUAAUCCUGCAGUCACACUGGGGCUGCUGGUGAGCGGCCAGAUCAGCGCACUCAGGUGCGUCUGCUACAUCCUGGCUCAGAUGCUCGGGGCAGUUGCAGCUAGUGCUAUUGUGAAUGGAUACGGACAAAUCAGUUCCCUCGGUGUUAACAAGCUAAACGGAGUGACCAAAGUGCAAGGCUUCAUCAUUGAGUUCCUUGCAACCCUUCAGCUGGUCCUGUGUGUGAUCGCAGUGACCGACAAGCGACGGAGUGAUGUCAAAGGUUCGGCACCGCUGGCUGUUGGGCUGUCAGUGGGGCUCGGGCACUUUGCAGCUAUCAGUUUCACUGGAUGCGGGAUCAACCCUGCUCGCUCUUUCGGACCCGCCCUGAUACGCAGCAAAAUGGAGAACCACUGGGUGUACUGGCUGGGGCCCAUGUGUGGCGGCAUUGCGGCGGCUCUUAUCUACGAUUUCCUUCUGUGUCCACGAGCACAAAACUUCAGGACGCGCAGGAAUGUCCUGCUUUAUGGUCCAGAAGAUGAAGACGCUGGAUUUGACUUACUUAGAGAAGGCAACAGCAGACCGGGGCCAAGUCAGGGGCCAAGCCAGUGGCCAAAGCAUUAAAAAAUCAUGCAGCAUAUGAAUUGCAGAUAAGCUUUGAAUAUGGCUGAUUAUAUUUUUACAUUUUUGCAGUGUGUUUCUGUAGUUGCUUUUAUCAUGUGUGUGAUAAAUUGUUAUAAUAAAAAAUAUUCUUUAUUCA